CUGCCCAUCCCCACGUCCUCCUUUCCUCCGGCCCUUUAAGAGCGGCUCCUUGGACCCCAGCGGCACAGACCCCCGCUCCAGCAGCAGUGUUACCACGGAGACCGGGCCUAGCUGGGGGAGGGGCGAACCCAGGCGCGCAGGCGUAGGAUCCAGCAGCCGGGUCGCCGCGCAACAGCUCAGAUUGGAGCGGAGGGUGAGCGCCCAGACAUGGCCAGAGCCCGACUCCCCUCCCCCCUGCCGCUCCAGGUGACAGCGAUGGCGCCCUCCCCUGCACCUGAACAUGGGCGGCGUCACCGAGGCCAUUCUCAGGGACAAAGGUCAGAGCAGCCAGGCUGGCGACAUCCCGGAAAGUGACACGUAAGCCCCCUGCGGAUUCGCCAACAGCCCGGGGAGAGGGGGCAUAAGCACCAGGCUGCUGCGUCAGGCUAGAGGCACCAUGGCCGUGAGCCUUUUGCGGGACUGGUGCCGGGGGCUGGAUGUGGACAUGCACCGGGCCCUGCUGGUCACCGGCAUCCCGGAGGGCCUGGAGCGGGCGGCCAUCGAAGCCGUCUUGCAGCCGGCCUUCCUGCCCCUGGGCACGUUCAAGCUGUGGAACGCCAGGGCCGCGAGGGACCACAAGGCCAAGGCCGCCCUGGUGGAGUUUGUGCAGGACAUAAAUCACGCGUCCGUCCCCAGGGAGAUCCCGGGCAAGGACGGGGUCUGGAGGGUUGUGUGUCAGGACCCCGCGGAGGACCCAGGAGUCCUGAGGCAGAUGAGACGCCUGGUGCUGGAUGAGAGGCCCUCGCAGGCCGCGGGGCCCGGGGCCGCCGGGGACACGCUCCUCUCUCGGGCCUGGGAGCCCCGGGCCCAGGGCUCAGAGCCGGCGGCCAGGAGGGCUGGCCCACCUCCCAGGCGGGGCCGCCGGGCUCGCAGAAACAGAGCCAGAGGCAACAGGUGGGCCCCGAAGGGCCAGAAGAGCGAGCGAGGGGGGCGGCGGCCCACGUGGGCCCGGCGGGAGUCGGGCGCCUCUUCCGAGGGCAGCCUGGGCAUCGUGCUCGAGGAGCUGGACCCCGACGACCUGAGCGCCGACGAGGCGCAGAGCGCGCUGUCCGCCACGCUGCACCAGGCCGCCCAGGAGCUCAGCAAGAAGGAGUGGGCCCUGCGGAGCGGCGCGGACGCAGGCCAGGGGCCCCGCGAGUUCUUGGCCCUGGUGACGGUGACCGACAGAGCCAAGCGGGAGCCGACGGAGAAAGGGGCGCCGGGGCCCGAGGCCGUCAGCCUCGACGGCGGCGGCGAAGGCCGGAGCCGCCGCGUCCCCGACUUAGUGGCCCUGCUUGCCGUGCGAGACGCGGGCGACGAGGAGCCGGCGCACGGCGACGCUCCCGAGAGCGAGUCGCAGCCGAACGGGGAGCCGGGAGACGAGGCGCUGGACAACCCCGAGUUUGUGGCCAUUGUGGCCUAUACGGACCCGUCGGACGCCUGGGCCCGCGACGAGCUGCUGAAGAUCGCUUCGGUGAUCGAGUCCCUGGGCUGGAGCGCCAGGAGAGACGGGACGGAUGCCCUCCGCGAGGUCCUGGGCGUCCUGUCCCAGGACACCGGGGGAGCCCGCGUGAAGGUGGAGGAGGCGGGCCGCCAGCUGGACGCCCUGGUGCUGCGGAAGGCCGCGGACGGCGGGAGCCUGCGGGAGUGCAUCUGCGCCCUGGCCGCGCCCGACCCCCCGGCCGCCGGCAAGAGGGCGCGGCGUGGCCCCCUGGCGGGCUGGGGCGACGCUGAGCACCCAGAGUUGCCCUUGGAGAAGUUAAAAUCAUGA